UUGAAGUCGGUAGUGAUCAAAUAUGCAUUGUCGUUGCUUUUGCGUAAUACAACAGACCAAGCAAUAAUAGUUAGUAUACUUAUCCGCCAACUAAAACUUGGAUAUAGCAAAUUAAAAGUAUUUGUUUUUUCUUCAAAAUCAAAAUUAAAGAAAACAAUGGUUUUGAUUGAUGUUUGGCUUGUAGUUUCUAUACUGUCUCACUUGAUAAUGACAGUAUGGUGUCAUGCUCGUUUAAUGUCACCGCCUUCUCGUUCUAGUAUGUGGAGAUUAGGAUUCCCAACAGAGAAAAAUUAUGAUGAUGAUGGUCUCUACUGUGGAGGUUUUUAUGUGCAGUGGCAACAAAAUGAAGGGAAAUGUGGUUUGUGCGGAGAUCCGUACAAUACAAAACAACCGCGUGAAAACGAAGCAGGAGGAAAGUAUGGGAGCGGCAUCAUUAGCCAGACUUAUACAUCAGGACAGACCAUUGAAGCAUUAGUGCAUGUGACUGCAAAUCACAAAGGCUAUUUUGAGUUCAAAGUUUGCCCUAACAAUAACUCUAAAAAAGAAGCUACUCAGGGGUGCUUGGAUAAAUAUAUUUUGAAGCAAGCAAAUGGAAAUGGAUCUCGAGUUUACAUUUCUGAUAAAGGACAUGGCAAUGUAACUGUGCGGUUGCAAUUGCCGAAAGGAUUGACUUGUUCACAAUGCGUUUUUCAGUGGACAUACGUUGCAGGAAAUAACUGGGGUUUAUGUGAAGACGGAACUGCUGGCCUAGGAUGUGGACCUCAAGAAACAUUUAGAGCAUGUGCGGAUAUCGAAAUAAAAGGUUUACACGACUUUGAGACAAGAAAACCAAAUAAGAAUAAUUUUAAACCAACUACGGGCUUUGAUUUUGAUCACAACAGUAUCAACAACAAGGUUUUUGAAACUCCGUCAUUCCCGAAGAAUCCAACAAUAUUAUACAAACCAUUACCACAUGCUCAUGCAGAUGAAAAUCAUAAAACUCAUACCAAUACGUUUCAGUACACCAACCAAUUUUUCAAGAAUAAUCAAGACAAUUUGGCAUGGAAAUUUUUAAGCCAAUUUGGCGAUGAUUUGAUGAAUCAUGACACAUUUCCUUAUUUCACUAGCAAUCAUUUCUUAACAGGCAAUCUCUUUGACACUACUAAAAAAUAUCUAGAUAAUCAUAAUGAUUACUACGCCAUGCAUCCGUCGAAAUCCAAUGUAGAAAAUUCUGAAGUGAAUGGAGAUAGUGUGUUAUCCAAGCCAAUGUUUUAUUUAUUAAGCAAAAUUUCUGAAAAAGGCGAUUCGAACAUUGAACCAGUUUCGUAUUUUACUUCUUUUCAUAAUAAUGAACUCAGCCAAAAUAGUGAAGAUACUACAGGAGGAUUUGAUUUAGGUGGCCGAAAGUACAAAGAUUUCUGGUUUUUGUCUUAAGUUCUAUUCUAUUGUCUUGUUAGGGAUCUGCUUUUUAUUGUUAUUGUUUUAUCACUUUCAUGGUUACUUGUUGAUAUACAUUUUUGCUCAAUUGUUUCCUUGUAAAAACGACGUGUACAUUAAUUAAUAAAAUCUGUGCUCGUAAC